UUCUUAUUUAGGCCCACUGGUAAGAGAACAUGUACCUGUAACUCUUCAUAAUUGGAGAAAACUUGGUGAAAAUAUAAAAGUAGUUUUAUGGAAAUCAAUUCAGGUAUUAUAAGUCAUUACUUUACUCUUAAUCUUAUAUAGAUGUCGGUUGAUAUAUGUUUGAAAAUUAAGUGUAGAUAAAUAACUUUUUUCAAGCUUUAUAGUGUUUCACUCAAAUGAAUUUCUUUUUUCCAUAUUUUAAAUAUUAGUUAAUGGCUUUGUUUUUCUAUUUCAAGCAAGAUUCGAUGUGGGUGGAGAAUGGAAAAAAGCAGUUUUAUUUAGAUCAAUGGGAUGUCAGUGGAGGGCUUCAAAAUCAAGGCUAGUAAAAAAAAAUACGAGAAGCAAAAAAUGAAGAAGAAAGACUUCAACUGCAACCUAAGAACAUUCAAAAUAGAGUUGACUGGAGAAAAUUUGUCCGGGAAAAAAUAAGUUCAACAUUUACGGGUGUCAAUGAAAAAUAUAAGGCAAUGAGGAGUAAACAAAUCCCACACACAUGCAGCCGAAAAGGAAUGGCACGACUGGAAGAAGACAUGGCAAUCCUCACUUUUUAUGUAAUACAUUAUUACUUUGACGCUUUUCUUACUGAUUACAAUCUUUCAUUGUUAUAGAAACUAAAUAGUGCAGCCUCAUCUUCUGUGUUGAGGGUCAAAGUUUGGAUUAAAUCACGUACCAAAAAAGAUGGUACACCAGUUAAUACAACAGUUUCAGAAACUAUAGUAAGACAAUCAUUUUAUAUUGUUUGCUAAUUUCAAAAUUUAUGCACCAUACUUGUAUGAUCUUUCAAAAUUGGAUAUUUAAGUACAUGAGUGGUUAUUGUAGGAGAAGCUCAAUAAAUUUGAAAUUGAUUCACCAUCCUCAUCAACAACAAAUGUGAGAGAGGACUCUCUUACAAAGGUCCUUGUUCAAGAUAGAUGUGGACGAGUGCGAGGAAUGGGAAGAGAAAUGACAAUGAGAAAAUUGGCAUUUUUUCAAAUCAAGAGUGAUUAUGUAACUGAGAUGGAAGAAAGGAUAAAAAAUUUAGAGCAUAUUGUCAACACAGGGGUGAAAGAUAAGGCAAGUUCUACUAAUUGGAGAAAAUUAUGUAAUGAUCUUUUUUUAUUAAUACCAUCUAAAACUAUUUUAUUAGAUUCAACAAAAUACAAAGGUGAACGAAAUACCUCCAAAGGCAAGUAUUUACAUUCAGUUUUGAUUAUUAUUUAUAUGAUUUUCAUAUAUUAUAUUUAUGAAGUUUGUGGCUUUGUGAGAUCAAUCACCAUUGUGUUAGCAUAAGUUUCAUUCAUGUUCUACAUUUUUUUCUUGAGUCAAGAAAUAUAGUUGAAUAAUAUUAGCUAUUAUGAUUAUCGUACUUUAGCUUUUGGAAAUAUGUUUGAUGGAUGAGUUGUUAUUUCACUGGCAUAUUUUUCUAUUUAUUUUUUUUGAUCCUACUAUUUUUUUUUUUUAUAUCUAGGUUGUCAAUACCAUGUCGGUGAAUAAGUACUGUAAUUUAUUAGAUUGGCUUGGAACAGAAGAUAUUGUUGCUGAAGGACAUUUGAUAUCAGAUGAUACAGAAGAGCUAGUUGAUAAAAUUUCUUUGGGACCAAAUGCAUUGAAAGUUUGUGUUGAUAAUUCAAAUAAACGUGAUGCUUUUUUAUGGAGACCUACAACUACUAUAACUUGUAUGAAACAAGCUGAAGGUGAACCGAUUGCCUAGCAUGUUGACCGCAUUAUUAUACAAACAGAGCAACAUUCUGAGAGGCAAGAAAACAUGUCCUCACAUUCGAAUACUUCAAGAACUAGAUGUAUAUUAUUCGAUUGGAGUGGAAAAAAUGAAAUAGUUGCUGAACGUUUUUCGCAAUCGAGUGACCCAAAUGCUUUGGUCAAUAAUAUUCCUCUCGGACCCAAUGCCAUGAUAGUUUGUGUAGAUGUUGCAAUAAUUCCUGAAGCAUUUCUCUGGCGUCCUACAGGGGAUUUGGUACGCGUUCAAGAUGCAGUUAAUUCAGUUAUAGCUUGGCCAACUAGUAAUGUAAUUCUUGAAAAGUCGACAGAAACUCGAGAAGAAAAUCGAUCAUCUCCUACGAGUGUGAAUACUAACAAUGUAAGGAAAAAGUGCACGUUGUUGGAUAUUCGUGGACCUGGUGAAGUAGUUGCAGAAGGACGAGUUAGUUCAAGUGAUCCAAACGAGUUAGUUCAUUUUGUUCCUUUAGGUCCUAAUGCUAUGCGAAUUUGGAUUGAUACUGUGAAAGUUUCUAUCGCAUCUCUCUGGAGGCCUACAUCUGAAAUGAAAUUCAUGGAAGAUGCAUUUGGAACUACAGUAGCAUGGCCAUCAGACAAAGUGAUUAUACUUUAGAGUUUGGUAAGCAACGAAACUUUAAAAUAUAUUGUAUUUUUUCUUCAACAAAUACUAUAUAUAUUCAUAUACUUUCUUUUGUGUUAAUGUAAAUAUAUAUUUUUUUUUUUCUUCACAUGUAAUAGAAUGACAUGUAAUAGAAUGAUUAUGGAUAUGGAUAAUGAAUGUGAUGUGCAAUUCAUGUAGACAUGAAUUCUUUGCCAGAA